AUGUUUGUCUCGGGGGUAGGGUGUGAGCCAACAAAUCUUUUGGCUUUCCGAGGAAACAAGAAGACGGAAAUCGCCUCCUGGAGGUGGCGAAAAAUGGAGUCUGCCAUCGAGACCGAUUCGACUUACUAUGUCCUAAUGGCCUCCUAUAUUUUAAACGCACUUACAUUGCGUCACGAUCAUGAUGCGGCGGAGAGAACCUUACAUCAUUUUUGGGAUACGAAAGACCUCCUGGACACUGGAUUAUUCGAAGAGCAUAUAACCAGUCAACCUCUGCUAGCUGCCAGUUUAUUUUCUCUGAUUGCCUGUUCUAUUGGACUGAUCGUAUUUGCCAUUAUAUUUCUCAUUUGCCGGUUUCGGGGUCAAUGUGGAUCGCAAAAGUAUCAGGAAUAUCCAUCGAACGCAACCAACUAUGCCAUUUAUCUGAUGCUCUUCUUCAUUUCCUGGCUCAUCGUCACAAGCGCAUCCGCUUAUUUCGUUUUGGCAGGAAUCGGAUUCUGGAGCGAAAAGCUGGAUGCUCGGAAGCCGUUCACAAAUGCUUCUCUUGUGAGACUGUCUCGAAGCACAAUUGGGGACUUAUACGCCAGUUACGACUACCACGGAGAUUUUGAAAAUGUAUCGGAGGCGCCGAGAAAGAGUUUGAAGCGAAUUCAUAUUCACCGAAAACCUCUACUUCACACGUUCCGAAAACGGAUAGAAAUCCCUAUUCGACCAUUGGCCGAAGUGACAUUCACCGGAACAUCCGACAAAUUUAUCACCAAAAAUCGGCCGAUUCUGGAUUUGAACUCAAAUCAAAACGACGGUUCAGAAGAAGAUAAAAUCGAUGAAUUUGAAAGUUUCAAAAGACUUCAGAAUCUUCCUGAACCGAGUCUACCAACUGAAGAAGAAAUCAAGAACCAAGUUCAGGAGCAUUCCGGCAUUCCAGGCAUUGCUGAGAUUUUCGGAAACUCUGAAGAUCCUGAAGACGUGGCGGACAAUUCGGAAGAAGCGGAAACUUCUGAAAAUCAGAGUCUAGUGGUGACAGGCGGGACGAUGACGAUAGAAGAAGAAGAUUCAGAAGACGUGGAGAGUGAGGAGAGUACAACGACAACGACGACGAUAACGAUGACUACGACGACUACAGUUCCCAUCACUACAGUACCCACAACAACCGCAAGUACUACGAAAAGCACAACUACAGUAGCCCCAACAAUGGAAACUACAAAGACUACAACUACAACGACAAAAACCACAACAACUGCGAGCCCAUCCACAAUUUCCGCAAUUUUCCCAGAAGUCACUUGGACACAAAUCGAGGAGACUAACUCUGACGACGUUCUCGACCAACUUCUCACACAUGCUGAAACACAUCCAGACGUUCCAGCUGACAAUAGUCUCUCCUAUAAUCCAAACUUGACCUACUUCAGUCUCCAUUCCCGAUUCCUGGUCUUCGUCUGCCGAUUGACAUUCUGUUUUGUUGCUUUGGCCCUUCUUUUUGUGAUUCUUCCCACAUUUUUCUUGGUUGUCGCGGGAACUGGAUGCUAUAUUUAUAGUGAUCAUCCGAUGAACAGAAGUAGUGUUUCGAAUAAGAUUGGCCAAGUGGUUUCCAUCAACGCCUCAAUUUUGCUAUUCAUGUCUCCGUGCAUGCUCAUUUUCUCCAGCUUCACUCUAUUCUACACACACUGCCAUGAACUUCUCUGUGCCACCAUUCAACUUCAAAACCAACAAGCCAGAGGAAUCAUCGAUACGAAUCAUCAGAGUCUGAUUGAAAACUAUUCAAUCAAUACAAAUCAAUGUGCCCGAUCACUGGCUCCGGUCCAAUCACUUUUGCUGUCAUCACUGCUUUUAUGUAUUUCCCUGCUUCCGUGUGUCUUUGCAAUGUUCAAAUUGGUGAAGUACUAUUUUCGAAUGAGCAGCGAAUUCUAUUGGAACGCUGCCGAUAAUUUCGCUGGAAGACAGUUUUCGAAACAACAGGAUUUCCCUCGAUACCAAAGUACAGUAAUCUACCCUGACGACGACAUGACAGCCGGAUAUGCAGUGUAUGGACAAAUCUAA